AGACGGCGGGUGAACAUGGCGUCUGCUUUUGGGUCUGGGAGGUGAUCGCUGCGCGUUCUGUGGUGAAAAUGUGGCGGGUGAAAAAACUGAACGUUAGCCUGUCGCCUUCGCCCCAACCGGGAAAACCAGCUAUGAGAACUCCUCUCCGAGAACUUCUCCUGCAGCCCGGUGCCCUCACCAACUCUGGAAAAGGGCCCCCGAUAGGCUACUCGCCGACCUCAUCACUGUGCAAGCUGGGAUUGCAGGAAGUCAGCAACACCACAUCUCCACCCAAUUUUAUCAAUGCCAAGAGGACUGAUUCCCCUUCAGAACAGUUCACCCAUCCCUCAAAGUGGCUAAAAGAUCCUUGUCAGCAUGAAUCAGUUGAGCAGCCCCUAGAUCUGAAUCCCCAAACCAACUCUACUCCCAAAAUAUCUGAGGAAGCUGUAGAUCCACUGGACAAUGUGGUUAAAACCAUGGUCCUUGUACCCUCUCCAGUGAGACAACAGCAAGACGUUACACUUGAAGCUCAUUUAGAUACUAUGACAGAGACAAACAGCAUCUUUCCAGAUGAGCCUCUGAGGCCAGGAGAUCUGCUAAGAGAAGGGGUGGCAGCCUGCAAAGAGGACAGCUUUUCAGAAGUUGUUCCUGCUAUGCCUGAUAAACCUACAUUUCCGUAUCCUCCAUCCCAUAUCUUGGAGUGUCUACCAAAUCCCUGUUCAGAGCAACAGCCACACUGCUCCAAAGAAAGCCUCAGGGGUGGUAGGACUGAGGCUGUGGUUGAGGACUUAGUCCCUUCGGAAAGUAAUAUCUUCUUGCCUUCCUCCAUGCUCUGGAUCUCCCCUUCAACUGCCUUAGCAGAUUUCCCUGCCAGUCAUGUGGACCCAGGGGAGGAAAUUGAAGAGCACAGAUCUGUAGAGGAAAGAGAACUUAGCUUUCCCACACUCCCUGAGAAGGUUGAGUUAGGAGAUCAAGCACUUGUCUCAAAUAUGGGAGAUACUCCAUCCACAUGCCUAACUCCAAAUCCAGGAGAGAUGGAAUCUCAGGCAGCUCCAGACCCAGCAGUAGAAGAUGCUGGUAGGGUUCUCAUCUCUGAUACAGGGCCUUGGAUGUCCCCACUGGCCUGGCUGGAAAAAGAUGUAAAUACUUCGAUUAUGCUGGAAAAUCUCCACCAGAGCUUAUCCCUUCCCUCUGUGCUUCGGGAUGCUGCGAUUAGUACUACCCCUUUCCCUACUUGCUCGGUGGGGACUUGGUUUACUCCCCCAGCAGCACAGGAAAAGAGUACAAACACCUCACAGACAGGCCCAGCGGAUAUCAAGGAUGGUACUUCUGAGACAGAGCACCUCCUAUGGGGCAACCGUCCUCCGGAUCUAACUGCCUUAUCUCGACAUGACCUAGAAGAUAACCUGCUGAACUCUCUCAUCCUCCUGGAGGUUCUCUCCCGCCAGCUGCGGGACUGGAAGAGCCAGCUGACUGUCCCUCACUCAGAGGUUCGGGACAACAGCACACAGACUGACACAUCUCCCAGUGGGAUAAGUAAGAAGCCUCAGCAUCUUCAGGAGAGCCAAGAGAUCGGACAGGCUCUGCAGCAGGCCAGGAAUGUCAUGCAGUCGUGGGUGCUGGCUUCUAAAGAGCUGAUAUCCUUGCUUCAUCUAUCUCUGUUGCACUUAGAGAAAGAUAAAAUUGCCGUGAGUCAGGAGUCUCGGCAUGCAGAAACCCUGGUCUCCUGCUGUUGUGACGUGUUGAAGAAGUUGAAGGCAAGGCUCCAGAGCCUCAAAGCAGAAAGGGAGGAGGCAAAACACAAAGAGGAAAUGGCCCUUAGAGGCAAGGACGCGGCUGAGGCUGUGCUAGAGGCUUUCUGUGCACAUGCCAGCCAGCGCAUCAGCCAGCUGGAACAGGACCUGGCAUCCACCGGGGACUUCAGAGGCCUUUUGAAGGAGACCCAGGCCCAGCUGGUUGGGCUUCAUGCUGAGCAGGAAGAGGUGGCUCAGCAGACGGUGAGUCUGACUUCAAACCUACAACAGGACUGGAUAUCCAUGCAGUUGGAUUAUGUAACAUGGACAGCCUUGCUGAGCCGGUCUCAACAACUCACAGAGAAACUCAAAGCCAAGAGCCGGCAGACCCUGCAGGAACGUGAUGCUGCAAUUGAGGAAAAGCAGCAGGUUUCCAGGGAGCUGGAACAAGCUACUACCCAUUUAGAGGACUGCAAAGGCCUAAUAGAACAACUGGAGUUGGAAAAUAGUCGUCUAGCAACAGAUCUCCGGGCUCAGCUGCAGAGUCUGGCCAGCAUGGAGAGUCAGCUAAAAGAGCUACAGAGUCAGCAUGCCCAUUGUACCCAGGACCUGGCCAUGAAGGAUGAGUUGCUCUGCCAGCUGACCCAGAGCAAUGAGGAGCAGGCUACUCAAUGGCAAAAGGAAGCGGCAGCACUAAAACACACGCAGGCAGAGCUGCAGCAGCAACAGGCCGUCUUGGCCAAGGAGGUCCAAGACCUGAAGGAGACCCUGGAGUUUGCAGACCAAGAGAAUCAGGUUGCUCACCUAGAGCUGGGCCAGGUGGAGUGUCAGUUGAAAACCACGCUGGAAGCACUCCGGGAGCGCAGCCUGCAGUGUGAGGACCUCAAGGACACUGUGGAGAACCUGAAGGCUAACCUGGCUAGCACCAUAGCAGAGAACCAGGAACAACUCCUGGAGAAGACCCGCCAGUAUUCCCAAGAGCUAGGGGUGCUGACUGAGCAACUACGGAGACUCACCCUCUUCUUACAGGCAAAACUAAAGGAGAAGGUAGGAUCCAGGGAUUCCUUCUCUUCCUUUCCAAUCAUAUCUUCAACCAAAGACAAUUUUAUUCCUUCCUUCCCAGUCUGUAGAUUUUUUAUUUCCUUUUCUUGUCCUACUUCAUUAGCUAGAACUUCCACCACUACAUGGAAAGGGAGGGGUAAAAGGGGACAUCCUUGCCUCAUACCUGAUCUUAAGUAUGAUGUUAGCUGCAGGCUUUUGUAGGUUGAGGAAGUUCUCCUCUAUUCCUAG